ACACGGUAGCCCACACCUCCGCCUACGACUAUUCCUCUCUCACAUCCCCCUUGUACGUCCUCCCGCUUCCUGAUCUUUUGUCUCCCAGAAGCCAUCACGCAUCGGCCUCUCCCCAAAGCCCUCUCGCCCAAAUCCCCUUCCCGUUUGUGUCCGUGCGAUGAGAUUCAUCGACGGAUCCGUCCGCCGGGAGCAACCGAUGGCCGGCACGCCAAGGGGGGCAAGGCCACGGGGUAAACGAAUACGGUAGCCCACACCUCCGCCGACGACCAUUCCUCUCUCACAGCCCCCGUGUCCGUUCUCCCUCUUCGUGAUCUUUUGUCUCCCAGAAGCCAUCUCGCAUCGGCCUCCUCAAAGCCCUCUCGCCCGUAUCCCCUUCCCGUUUGUGUCCGUGCGAUGAGAUUCAUGAUCGGAUCAAGCGAUGGCCGGCACCGUCCGCCAGGCCGUGAUGUUGACGCACGUCCAUCACGCCUCUCGAUCGCUGAUCCGCCGCCGGGAGCAACAUCGCCGAGGCGGUGAAGUUGACGCACGCCCAUCACGCGGAUCACCGGGAAUCGGGUUUGUCAGGUCAGAUCUAACGACAAAGCAGAAUAUUCAAACCGAUUGCUUCGUCAAUAAGGCAUCCAAUUCCGACGCCGAAAGUCACGCUAACGUGAUGGCGCACCAUCGAUUGCGAUAUUUUUUUGGUUAGGAAACGGGUCAGUCUGCCCGACAAAUGGCAUCGGAUGCCCCGUCAAUUCGUGAAGGGGUAGUUUUGAAUUUUAGUGCCUCAAUAAUGCAGCCCUGACACGACACGUGAGGCUGACAACUUUUGCGUAGCUGCAACGCAACUUCGGCAAUAAAAUUGAUACCAUUAUCGUUGAGCGACUUUGUCAAGGCUGCCAGAGUGUUAUAUAGCGGAAUACCGAAACAUUGCGAGGAUCGGGUGAUGCGGUGUUAGCUGACGUCACGCGUUUCGCUAGUGUUAUGGCAGCCUGAUGCGCUUUGUCGACGAUGGAUAGAGCAAACGACUCGCAGUGGCUUCCGGCGCUCGGCUUGGCGUUCCUGACAUACAACUCGGCCGCGGCGGUGUACCGCUCCGUCGACGACCCAUGGGCGGUCGGGUUUGUGGUCGUCGCCUACGUUGACCUGCUCCUCCUGUUCUGGUGCCUUCGCAAGUUCGAAAGGUCUACCGAGAGCAACCGGGGUGGGUUGAAGGCCGCCGUGUGGUUCCUUGCCACGCUGCUCACGGGCAUGUUCGCCCACAAGGUCGCCGCCAUCAUGCCCUGGCCCGUCGCUGCGAUCGUGUACUGCAUGGCGGCCGCAACCGCCGGUGGUGGGUUUUGGGCCUUCUUUAUCUACCGUGAGCCAGUUGAUCUGUCCGCCGACGGCAAACCGUCCUCGAAUUACCGUGUGCCAGUUGAUCUGUCCGCCGACGCCAAACCAUCCUCGAAUUAGUGUGUUAUACGCACUAUGUAUCUCUUCUAUGUAUACUUAAUAGCUUGCUAUUAUCGAAGUUUCCCAGCUACUUAUAUGA